GGCACUCACUGCGCUUCCGUUGCCCAUGACACCGGAACGAAGUUCUGACAGCUGAUUCUUCAAUCAGUUUUAUAUCCACUCUGAGACCCAAAAUAAUCAGUUUAGAGGUUAUUAACAGUCGGACCUACCUCGAAUAAGCUCCGGCUGGAGUUGCAGACAUCACGUUGAGACAGAGGAGGACAGCUGAUUAUGGUGUAGCACGGAGCGCUAGCAGGCAUUUAAGCAGCAGUGCAGUGCAGUGCAGCGUGGGGCAGACCGAGGCAGACCACAGCAGCGGAGCCAUGCUUACGUUGGCCAGUAAGCUGAAGAGGGAUGAUGGAGGAAAGACGGGCCGUGCCUCAGGAGCCUCAGACUCCACCCACAGGGUCUCUAUCAGGGACCGCCUCCUUACCAAAGAAGUUGCAGAACUUGAAGCCAACCUCCCUAGUACAUGCAAAGCCAAUUUCCCAGAUGAGGACAAGCUGCAUCAUUUUCAUCUGGCAGUGUCUCCUGAUGAGGGUUACUACCAAAGUGGAAGGUUUCAGUUUGAAAUCGACGUCCCCGAAGCCUAUAACAUGGUGCCUCCUAAAGUGAGAUGUCUGACCAGAAUAUGGCAUCCUAACAUCACAGAGAAUGGAGAGAUCUGUUUGAGCUUAUUGCGGGAACACUCUAUUGACGGCACAGGCUGGGCCCCCACCAGAACAUUAAAGGAUGUUGUCUGGGGAUUGAACUCCUUGUUUACCGACCUUUUGAACUUUGAUGACCCGUUGAAUAUCGAUGCAGCAGAACAUCAUCUGAGAGACAAGGAGGAUUUUCGGACUAAGGUUCAAGAUUACAUCAAGCACUACGCCAGAUGAUAGAAGCAUUGGCUUCCUACUUCAGCCUGCACCAACCAACCAACCAAACUGCUCUACCUUGCCUCUGCUUAACCUUGGCCAACUCCCUCACGUGUGUGAAUCAACAGCUGACUCUGACUCUUACCACUCCCCUCCUCUUGACACAGCUCUGUCCAUGACCUGCUGUCCACCCGAUUGCAAUAAACUCCACAUUGCAGGAACAAAAGAAAAAAAAGAAAAGAGAAAAAAAAUAGGAUGCAUUCGAGGAAGGGCUUGCAUAUAAAAGAAAAAAAUGUGCUUUAAUUAUACUAAUCAAUGAGUGUUACAAUGACCACAAUGUCUGUCCAUUGUGGAGAGAUCACUGAAUGACGCCGCCUCGCUGGGAUGUCCCUGACAUGGAACGGAAACGAGCCAUGGCAACGAACGGCGAGGAAAGAGAUGUGAUGAUUCAGGGUGGGGGCGGAGAUAAAGGAAAUGACAUUCAACUGUGUGAAAAAUUAGAUGAAUCAAGAGAAGGAAUAUCUAUUGCUAUCAGUUCUCUGUUCCAGUGCCUGCCAUGUUUGUGUCGCAAAAGAGAAAAUGCAUGCGAGUUCACAAAGAAAAACACACAUGCACACACACACACACACACACACACACACACACACACACGAUGUCACACCCUGUAGUAAAAGGUGAAUACACCUACUGUACACAGGUUGCUGAGCACUUGCCUAUCAGUCAAACACACACACACUGACAACAGAGAGCCUACAGCCCCACAAGACAGCAUGUGAAUGACCACAUUGUCCUGUUCUGUGUUCAUUCUCUUUGCAUGUUGAAACGCACACCGUACAACUCUCAAACAAACUUCCUGUGUGUUUUCAUCUCCAGUGGGAUAACGUACGACUACUAAAACCACAGCCAAAAGUAUUGUAGUGUGUUCAGUUUCACCUCUGAGCCCAUGUCCCUCCUCUGCUGCCAUCUGUCUCUCUGUUACACACACACACACACACACACACACACACACUAACCCACAGAUGUCUCUAUUAUUUCAAUGAGAAUGGAGGUUUAUUUUUUUUUUUACUUAUGGUGCGUUCAUAAAGUACUUUGCCAAUGGCACAUUCUCACUCUGCAUGAAGCAAUGACUAUGACUUUAAAUGACUCAUUAAGGAUUUAAUUUUACAACCAAACAAAACAGUGCUUUUCUUUUUUGUGCGUGCUCCCCCAGAUUUAAUGUGCAAACCGUUACAGAACAUGUGAAAUUGAAUCCGCUGCAAUAACGGCCGUUACAAUAAAGAUGCCGACAACGGUAACCCACAGAGAGCGAUCACCUGCAUCUGCAAUGCAUCCCCCCCACUCCUCCCUGGCUUCAUGGUGCUUGUCAUGCGUUUUAUCUCUUUGUUAAAAUGUCCCACCUGCAACUUUUAUGUUGUGGUUCAGUGUUGUUUCCAGCCGCUCCAGGCAGGAAAAAGCUCCAAAAACCCCCAAUGUUUGAUAUCUGCCGAGCGCUUAACAGCAGGCAGACCGUGAGAGAUGAACUGGUAAACAUGAUGCUUAUUUUUUGCAGUUUUAGAGCCAGAUAUUUUCUUUGCGAGUAGGAGGUAGACCAAAAACAGAGCAAGUAGAAAAGGGAAGACAGACUGUCACAACUCAAAAAAUUAAUUAUAAUUGUUCUUUUGACUUGAAUUUAUGGACAUGCUUAUAAUAAACAGCUUACAAAGAAGAUCGUCAUAUCAACUUUGCCCCAUUUUGGCUGAAGAAUUUUUUUAAAAAAGCUAUAAAAGACAAAUCCACCCAUCGAUUUGUGGACGCUGCCAUCUCAGUGUCUCCUGCAGAAAGUCAAAAAGAAAUUAGACAGCUGCUGAUGAAGGAACCUUGAUCAGACAAUCUCAAAAUGAUUUAGACGUAACAUCAUAGAUAUCAGUUUAACAACAACCUGAUCACACAAUGAAGAAAUGUAAAUUAACUUGUGAUGCAGUGCUGUUUAAUAUAAACCUGUUCUAUGAUACUAAAUGAGUUAAUCAGUUAACAGCUGCAUUUAAUUAUCAGACUAUUUUCAUUGUGAAAUAUGUUUUUAUAGAUAUCAAUUAAACAUUUUCUUUUCUUUUUUUUGCUGAUGCAGCUGGUCUGCACUGAUUACAAGCAGCUCUGACCUGACCAUGCUCGCUAGUAGAGGGACAUCAUAUAACAGAUCAUUUUAUUUACUGCAUGUUUAAAAACAACUAAAUACCAUCCUCCAUCAGAUCACUCUGAGGAGGUGUGUGUCCGCUUUCACACCGCGUGCGUUUUGUACACUCCCCAUUUGUUCCAAUGUGUAGGUUUGUUUUGACAUUUAAAGCAGAUCAGAACUCCACGGGUUCUUCCUGUUGUCUUUUACACUGUUCUAAAACGUAAAGUAAUGUUAAAAACAAAAAGAUAGGAAACUGUUCUCUUCCCGGGACAGCUCACAUUCAAACCUGCAGAUGUUUUAGGGAGACAUAACUGCAGAAAUGGUCAAGGAUUUGUCUAUAGUGUGAUUAGUAUCAUCAUGUGGCCAGUUAACAUCAGCAAUGGUCUGUUAACAAACAUCAUUCUCAAUUUAUGAUGAGGAAUAGAAAGUCCUACACUCUUCACACAACAUGGAUUUAAGUCUACCCUAAUAGUCAUUGUUUCAUUGCAAUUCAUUUUUAAUUCUGUAAUGAAGAACAUUUUACUGUCUUCAGACUUUAGGAGCACAUUAUACGCUCCUCUCAUUCUAGUUGUUUCUACAACUAAGCUAACAUGCUUUUAUUUAUUUCUAAUAGACAGUACUCCAUUCUCUCUUUGUGUGUCAUGACUCUGUUUUCUCUGUUUGGAUGUGCUCUAAAAUGUCAAAAGCAGAGGUUUCUAAAGACACUUAGAUAUCAAGGUAACUUGCUGGCAAGCUAGCCAGCAAGUGGGUUAACACGCUAGCAAGUGAGUUAGCAAGCUAACACGUGCAUUGUUUUCUGUCAUUUAACGGAACUCUUUCUUUUCAUCAGGUUGUAAAGUUUUAUGGUGUCAAGCAGGCUGGCCUGCUAUAGGCUAACCAAGGCUAGAUCUAUUUGGCAUGCGUGCCAGUGGGUUAGCUUGUUGGCUAGCCAGAGAACAGAGGUGCUGCUAUUCUCAUAUUAUGCUAUUCAUAUUCUAACAUGACUUGAGUAGGGGUUGAGGAGCACUUGACCCUGUCUAACCAAUUUAGCCAAGCAGAUAACAUCAAACUGUCUUUGUGAACCUCUGCUGUUAGCGAACAUUUGCCAUAAAAUGUACAUUCAUUUUGUCUCUGAGUGUUAGAGAGGAUAAGAGAGUGUGUCCAUCCGUUAGCCUCUGAGGGCGUGGUAAGUGUGUGUAUGUUUCGCUCGGCCCUGGGUAGCAUUGUGCCUCCAGUUUGAGUCGUGUCUCUGAACAUCAUGACUGGUCUCACUCCAUUCAGCUUUAUGUUCACAAGUCUGCAUGAGGCAAAGUCUUUGUGAUCUGCCAGUGGUGCAUUUUACUAAGGAUGUCAGAAAUGUAGUUUUACGUUGGAGGUGUGUGUGCGUGUAAAAGUUGAAAUUUUGUGCUUGUUGAGUGUGUGUAUGCGUGAGCGCAGUUACAGUAUGACUUGUUGAAAUGAUGUGACUUGUUAGCAUGCUCUGGUUCCGUUUUUACCCCUAUUUUUUUGUUAUUCUGGCCCAGGGGUAAACAGCUCAAAUUAUUAUUGUUUUCAAAGAGAAAGUAAGCAGAACAACAGAAGAUACUCACUUCUGCCAGAAUAAAGGACCUGACAAUAUUUCAGAUACCAGGACUAUUGAAAGAAUAUGUGAAUAUUGGUGUUCCAUGGCAAUGCAAACAUGGUUUAUUCCAAUAAAGCUUGAAGGCUAAAGGAACUGCCUUCUAAUAUGAAGCCAUCCUGUGUGUUUGCUCUGACAGCUGACUGCUAUGGUAGCAGUUGUGUCCUGAAUAUGGUAGCCCAAUACUUUGUACUGAAUCUUAGCCUUACUUACACUCAGACAUAGCUUCCCGUUGGACACGUUGCCAUACGUCCUUUGUUUUGGCAGUUAGCAGUGUUUUUUCCCAGGAUGGGAUUGGGAAAUGUCUCUGCUUGGGCUAACUCCAUCUUUGGGCCAGAGGAGAAGAUUAACAGCCUGUUCUUCAAAUCCUCAACCUUUUCUUUCUCAGAUUGUAUAUUCAUUUUUUUAAGAUAUAUUAAAGAGAAUAUAAAUUAAAA